UUCAUUUCCAGAGGCGCGUGCGCUCGUGUCGACAGUUACCCCUACUUUGCGUGGCGGUUAUUUUUGAGAAAGUCCAAGAGGCGCGGUCCUCUGCAGCGAGAUUUGCUUACGUUUUUUUGUUUGACUUUUCCGCGGCCCUGCCGCUAGAGCUUGAGAGUCAUCAUGGGAAACUGCUUGUCAGGCGGCGCCCAGCCUGCCCGUGAGAGCGGGUCUGCGGCCAGCCCGGAAAAACCCGCGAAUCCGGAGCCCGCGGUGCCUGCAGCUCCGGUGGAAAAGAAGGAGUCUGCUGUUGAGCAGAAGAAGGAAGAGACGUCGGAACAACCUGCGCAGGAGGCUUCUGCUCCUGCAGCAACCACAGAGGCCGCCCCCGCUGGUGAGACCGCUGAAGCAGCGACUGCUGAAGCCGCACCUGUAGAAAACGCGGAAGAGGCAAAGCCCGCUCCUGAGGCUGCGACGACCGAGGCAGCUCCUGCGGAGCCGGCGAAACUGGCGGUUGAGAUUUCAGAAGACCGGCGGAAACAGACCUACGUUUGUGUGAAGUGGAUCUGCCCAUGGGUAUGGUGGCCAGUCUCCUUCAGCUGGAACUGCAGUCUCUGCCUCGUUCGAGAGAUGUGGGAAGUGUGGCUGCUGGUUGCGUGCACACAAUCAAUGAGGCCGCAAACACGGAUGCAGCCACGCCUAUCAAACAGGUACAAGGACUGUCAUUCUUUUGACCAUCGCAAAGACGAAAAACGCGGUGUUCCUUGUGGAUGUCAGUCUGAAAAGGGGCACGGUCCGUGGUGUAGGUAUUUUUGACUCUUCCAGGUCGUGCCUACGUGAGUGAUGCUGUAGCGCAGAAUACUUCCAUAGUAUCCAACAGCCCCGCAUGAAGAAAGGACGGUAUUCAUCUCAUGCAUCUUCUGUCACUAUAUGGUGCUUCUUACUGUCUCUGUCAAUCUUCAAGGGCUACUGAGGGUCGCUUUUUCCCGGGGGAGACGGGAGACUGAACGCCGGCAGCUCGAGGGAGGAAUGUCUUGUCUGACUUUUCCAGCAUGGUGCAUCGAACUGAAAAAGGAGGCCACUCUAGCAAACAAACGAUAGGAGAAAAAGCAGUCAUGUCCACUGUUAAGUUUUUAAUUUGAACGGGAGAGACACCUUAUUUGUGUAUGCAACCAGUGUGAGGAGCCGCCGAGCCGCGCCGCUCCGAAAAUGACAGGCCGUGUGUCUUUCUUUUGUCAAGUACGUCGUAUCUUGUACACUCUGGCGACGACUCGUUUCUGGGUCCGCAAAAGAGGAAUGGUAUGUCUCUUGUCAUAAUGCGAUUUCCUCCCGUUCUGACCGCGACACCAACUCCAUUUUCCAAAAAGAUUCCGUCCACUACUAGCUCAUGAUAAUGAGAUCUAGAACUCAAUGGUCACGCCUUAUCCGUGAACGUGGCGUCCCCAACAUUUGUUUCAGAGGUUGCCGCGUGAGCGAUUUUUUGUCCGAAGGGUGCAAACCAACAUGGUGGAUCUUUUUCUUGCUCGGGCUGUCGAUCGCGACUCGAUAGCACGAUAUAUAUGACGAGAGACUGCCAUGGCCACGGGGGAAAAACAAGCGUCGCUUCGCCAGGAGAGUGUUUCAAGAUUGUAUGGAAGUGACAGUGCGCUGCUGAAUCCCCUUUGGGAAGCAGGAAGGGAACUCACAUAGGAUAAAGACCCC